AUCCAGUUUUCGGAACGCCACUUCUUUCUUUCGAAGCUCCAAAAGAACAAUAGAAACCUUCAUUUUUCACUCGAAAGCUCCAAAGAAAGAAAAAUGUUGGUGGCUUUGUACAGGCACGCAAAAAAGCCUCUCCGUUUCCUCUCUACUUUCCCACCAACCAAACACCAUCUCUACAGCUCCCGUCCUUCAAUCCCCGAAACCCUCAAUGUCUCUGGCAUCCCUCCGUCAAAGAAUCACGUCUACGCUUCAUUUUUCUGUACUCUGAUACACCUCUACUUGGCGGGCGGCAGAUUUUCCGACGCGACGGACGCGUUCUCUCGUAUGCGAAAUCGCGGUCUCGUUCCGGUCUUGCCUCAUUGGAAUCGACUUCUCUACGAGUUCAACGCCUCCGGUUUGGUCUCUCAGGUACGGCUUCUUUACUCCGAAAUGCUCUCAUGUGGUGUUGUGCCCAAUCUCUUCACUCGCAACGUAUUGGUUCAUUCGUUGUGCAAAUUGGGAGAUUUGGUUAUGGCGUUGGAUUUGCUUAGGAAUCAUGAAGUUGAUACUGUCACUUAUAAUACUGUCGUUUGGGGUUUCUGUAAGCAAGGAUUGGCUCAUCAGGCUUUUGGGAUUUUGUCUGAAAUGGUGAAGAGGGAUGUCCCUAUUGAUUCUUACACCUGCAAUACGAUAGUUAACGGGUUUUGCCGAAUCGAGUUGGUGGGUUAUGCUGAGUGGGUUUUUGAUGGUUUAGUGAAGGGAGGAAUUCCGCGGGAUGUGGUAGGUUUGAACACAUUGAUUGAUGGAUAUUCCAGAGUUGGAGAGAUGAGUAAGGCGGUCGAGUUGAGGGAGAAUUGGGAGAGGGAGGGUCGUUUUUCCGAUAUCAUUAGCUACAAUGCUUUGAUAAAUGGGUUUUGUAAGAUGGGUGAUUUUGAUAAGGCCAAGAGACUUAUUGAUGAGAUGUUAAGAUCUCAAAGGCAUGGUGCUUCUGCUUGUUCGGGAUCCGAUGUGGCUCGGGAUCAUGAUAGAGGCGUCAAUCUUAAACCAAACCUUGUCACCUACUCCACAAUUAUUGGAGCGUACUGUAAGCAGCAAGGACUUGAUGAGGCUCUUGCUUUGUAUGAAGAGAUGGUUAUGAAUGGAUUUUUUCCCGAUGUGGUUACUUGUAGCUCCAUUCUGUAUGGCCUUUGUAAGCAUGGGAAAUUAUAUGAAGCGAAAGUGCUCUUGACAGAGAUGGAGCAGAUGGGUGUGGAUCCUAAUCAUGUAUCUUACACUACUUUUAUUGAUUCCUUGUUUAAGUCAAGGUCAGAAGUGGAAGCUUUUAUGCUUCAAUGCCAAAUGGUGGUACGGGGACUUGUUUUUGAUUUGGUUGUGUUCAGUGUUAUCAUAGAUGGACUUUUGAAGGUCGGUAAAGCCAAGGAGGCAGAGGAGACGUACAAAACUUUAAGGCUUAAUUUUCUUCCAAAUCACAUCACAUACUCUAUAUUAAUAAAUGGACAUUGCAAAUUGGGAGACAUGAAGAAUGCAAUGUCCAUCCUUCAAGAAAUGGAGGAAAAGCAUAUUUACCCAAAUUUCAUCACUUAUUCCUCAAUUAUAAAUGGCUAUAUGAAGAAAGGCAUGAUCGAUGAAGCUAUUGACUUAGUGAGGAAGAUGAGGCAAAGAAAUGUUUUGCCAAAUGCAUUUGUUUAUGCAGCACUAAUUGAUGGAUAUUUCAAGGCAGGUAAGCAAGAAUUUGCUUUUGACCUGUAUAAUGAAAUGAAAUCAGCAGGAUUGGAGGAAAACAAUUUUAUACUUGAUGCAUUUGUGAAAAACUUGAAAGAAACCAGGAAUAUGGAUAAAGUUGAGGGAUUAGUCAAAGAUAUGACUUCUAGGGGCUUGUUGCUUGACCUUGUUAAUUACACAUCUUUGAUGGAUGGUUUCUUUAAAAUGCAAAAUGAGUCCGCAGCUCUUAGCUUAGCCCAAGAAAUGACAGAUAAAAAUCUAGGAUUCGAUGUUGUUGCAUAUAAUGUCUUGAUAAAUGGUCUGUCAAGGCUUGGGAACUAUGAGGCACAAUCCAUCUAUAAUGGAAUGAGAGAGUUUGGUUUAGCUCCUGACAAUGCUACGUACAACACCAUGGUUAGUGCAUAUUGUAGACAGGGGAAUUUUCAAAAUGCAUAUGAGCUUUGGAAUGAGAUGAGAAGUCAAGGUUUUAUGCCAAAUUCAAAUGCCUCUAAUAGUCUUAUAAAAUCCCUUUGUGAUGCUGGUGAAACUGAAAAAGCAAUGGAUUUGUUGAACAAAACGUUGGUAGACGGGUCUAUCCUCACCUCAAGUACUCAUGAAAUACUACUUAAGGCCUCUUCUAAGCGUAGACGGGCGGAAGAAAUUUUUAAAAUGCAUGGGAAACUCUUAGGUUUUGGCCUUAAACUUGAUCGGGUGGUUUACAAUAAUCUCAUUUCAGUAUUAUGCAGGGUUGGAAUGACUAAAAAGGCCACUUCAGUGUUGAAAGAAAUGAGAGAAGCAGGAAUUUCAGCUGAUACUUCUACGUACAAUGCUCUUAUUCAUGGAUAUUGCUUAAGUAGCCAUCUACAAAGGGCUUUUACCACAUACUCGCAGAUGUUAGCUGAGGGAGUUUCUCCAAAUAAUGAAACGUACAACCUUCUUUUAAGGGGUCUUUGUGGUGCUGGUUUUAUGAGAGGGGCAGAGAAAUUUUUAGAUGAAAUAAAAGAAAGAGGCUUUGUUCCUGAUGCUUCUACUUACAAUACUUUGGUUUCUGGCCAUGGUAAAGCCGGGAAUAGAAAGGAAUAUAUGAAACUUUAUUGUGAAAUGAUAACAAAGGGUUUUAUUCCUAGAACUAGUACCUAUAAUGUGCUCAUUGGUGAUUUUGCUAAGGUGGGAAAGAUGAGCGAAGCAAGGGAGCUUAUGAAUGAAAUGCUGUUAAGAGGAAUAAUGCCCAACUCGUCAACGUAUGAUAUACUAAUCCGUGGCUGGUGUAAGCUAUCAAAGCGUCCGGCCUUGGAGAGGCCGCUGAAGAAGUCGUAUCUGGUUGAGGCAAAAAGACUAUUGGUAGAAAUGCAUGAAAAAGGUUAUGUUCCUUGUGGAAGUACACAGCAAUAUAUAAGUUCUACCUUUGCUAGACCAGGAAAGAGAACUGAUGCUGAGAGGCUGUUGAAAGAAAUGUACAAGAGAAAGAACUCAUGAUGAAUGGGUGAAAGUAGAAGAUAAGAAAUUGGCUUAAGGAAUGAGAUUCAUUUCCUAUUUAAACAAGGAUCAUUGAUUCAAAAAUGAGGAAAGCAACUGCAGACAUGACUUACUUGGACAUAAAAACCCUUAAGGGAGUUUCUUUAAGAUCAGGUUAUCUGGUUGUUGGCGCCAACUAGCUGAAAUUAUCGUGUCUAAAUAUGAAAGAGGGAUUUGGUUGUUUAUUGUCCGUGGAAUAAUGAAAGAUACUUCAGAGGGUGGGUAUCUGCACAUUCUGUUGGGGAGACGUUGAAUUAAAGGUUUUUAACUUAAUGCAGGCGCAGCUCGUCUACUGAAUCGUCGCCUCACCUGUGUAAAGAAUGCUCCUUUGAUGAAUUUCUGUGAAAGCGAUGACGAAUCUUAAGAAGGUUGUUGCUAAAGCUUAUACCGCCCACCAAAUGUCGGACAAGGAUCUAUCAACGACGAUUAGCAACAAAAUUUAAAUACAACUUUUUAGCCACAACAAUAUGCUUUAUUGAAGAAGUUUAGGGAUGACAGUGAGGCUUUCAGCGAUAAAUCAGAUGCUGCUGAAUCCCCUUUUUCUUGUAGUGAGAGUCUAGAAAGAAUCCGAAUGUGAGUUAAAAGGAGAAAUGAAGUGACUUGUUCCCAAAUUGUGUUUGAGAAAUUUGAGAUGAUACAUGCAAAACAAGGCAAUAUCUAAAUACUGAGUUUUAUGUAGUGUUGUUAUUUAGCACUCUUUCAUGUCAUACAUGC